GUCGACGAUGACCCGACACCUGAGAAAUGUAAACUAAGAUGAUUGAUUGAUGCGGCAUCGGUGCGGAGGCCGGGGAGCGAGACUCUCCUUUUCUUAUAUAUAUUUGUAGGUGCCCGUUCUCAAUCAGAAACAUCGGGAUCUACAACUGCAGUCCCCCGCCCGACUUCCGUUCUCUUUCUGCAGCUCAGGGUUCAGCCGAUUGUCAAAGCCCCCCGGUGAAACCUUUCCCCAGCCACAAGGACCGUCACAGACCCAUCAAUAUGCACUUCCUUUCGCUCCAAUCGACCCUGCUGCUGCUGACCACGGCGAUCGCCUUGCCCUGCGUCAGUGCCGCGCCGCAGGCCGUCGACAGCGUUACAUCUGAUUCUGCUUCAACUAGCGGUGGCUUGCUCGUCAGGAAGGAGUGGCGCAAGCUUCCUAAGUCGGACCGCCUGGCCUACAUCCAGGCCAUCAAGUGCCUGCAAUCCAAGCCUGGCAAGACCGGUGGCGCCUACGACGGGGUGAGAAGCCGCUACGAUGACUUCCUGGCUAUGCACAUUAUCCAGACCGACUUUGUGCACUUUAAUGGACAAUUUUUGGCCUGGCAUCGCUGGUUGCUCCAGCUUUGGCAGCAGGAUCUGAAGAACACGUGCGGGUUUAAGGGAGCCAUCCCGUACUGGGACUUUACCUUGGACAACACCCAGGCGGGCUUCCCCAAGUCGCCCGUCUUCGACAACACUUACGGCUUCGGAGGCAACGGCGAGUUCAUCGCCGAUAUCAGCGAUCCUGUCCUAUUCCCCGUCAAGACCCCGACUAUCAUGCCGGGCAGAACCGGAGGCGGAUGCAUAGACAAGGGACCCUUCGCCGGCCUCGUCGGAAACAUGGGCCUCGGUCUGAACACGAGCUUUUCGCCCAACUGUGUCCGUCGGGACUUCGAUCCCCUCUUUGUCUCGCUCACCAUCAGCCCGGCCAACGUCAAGACCAUGUGGAACGCCAAGACCUAUGACGAGUUCAGCGUCGCCAUCCAGGGCCGCAGCUUCGACGUCGCGGGCUUGACCAUUCACGCUGGCCUGCACCUGGGCAUCGGCGGCCAGGUUGGCGACGCCUCGGACAUGUAUUCAUCGCCCGCGGAUCCGCUGUUCUACAUGAUCCACGGCGCGCUCGACUGGGCCUGGGACAAGUGGCAGCGCGCCGACUGGAACAAGAGAAAGAAUGCCAUCGGCGGCCCCGACGUCAACUUUGCCUACCCGUUCAACUUUUUCGGCGACAUCCCUUACAAGAAUGUCACCCUCGACACCCCCCUCGACUACCCCUUCUUUGGUAAGAGCAUCAAGAUCAGAGAUGUCAUGGAUACUGCGGCCCUCGGCUACAGAUAUGAAUAAUUAGUCACAAUGGGAUGAUAUGUAUUGGCGUCGUGCUACUAAAGUUCGGGUUGAGACAAGUCGAUGUUUUGCGCCUAAAUGUUGCGUAAUUAUAUAUAUACACCGUAGUGGCCUUUUUAACCAAGAUUACUAGUCUAACACUGAGAUACUGCGGUUGGUCCCGUGUCCAUUUGCUCGUCUCCACGCAG